CUUCGAGACGCAAUCAUGACCACCCUCUACAGACACGGGUCUGUGGGCCUGGGCUCGGGAGCUUCCAUGGGGGGCUACGCCUCCUACCGCUCUGGGGGACGACUGGGCCUUUCCUCCCAGAGGUCUGGCAGUGUGUACGGAGGGGCCGGGGGCCAAGGUGUCCGUAUAUCCUCCGCUGGCUCUUCUUCAGGAACCAGACGCAUCUCCAUGAGUGGGGGCUUCGGUGCUGGAGGUGGAGGAGGUGGUAUGAAGUUCGGUGCCUUCUCAUUGGACGCUGGGGCCGGGGGAGACGGAGGCUUCAACAGUGCCAAUGAGCAGCAGACCAUGCAGAACCUGAACAGCCGUCUGUCCCAGUACCUGGAGAAGGUCCGCACCCUGGAGGAGGCCAACACCAAGCUGGAGCUCCAGAUCAAGGAGUGGGGUCUCGGCCACAUCACCAUCCACACCCGAGACCUUAGCACACACCAGGGUACCAUCGAUGACAUCCGCACCCAGAUCCUGACUGCCACCGCAGCAGUGACAGAGCUGGCUCUGCAGGUGGACAACACCAGGGUGGCAGCGGAUGACUUCCGAAGCAAGUUUGAGUAUGAGCUGGGCUCGCGCCAGUCUGUGGAGGCCGACAUCAGUGGGCUGAAGAGGAUGAUGGGGGACCUGUCCUUGGUGAAGAGUGACCUGGAGAUGCAGCUGGAGGGCCUGAAGGACGACCUGGCCUAUCUGAAGGAGCACCGUGACGAGGAGAUGCUGUCGCUCCAGAGCCAAAUGAGCGGUCAGAUCCAGGUGGAGGUGGACGCGGCGCCGGCCGCCGACCUGACCCAUGUCAUCGCUGAGGUCAGAGAGCAGUACGAGGCCUUGGUGGGCAAGAACCGCCGAGAUGCCGAGGCCUGGUUCCAGACCAAGGCAGAAGAGGUGCAGCAGAAAGUAAGUACCAGCACAGAGGUCCUGCAGACCAGCAGUGUGGAGCUGAAGUCUGGCCAGAGCUCUGCCAGAGACCUGGAGCUGGAGAUGCAGUCCCUCUACUCCAUGAAGAGUUCUCUGGAGGCCAACCUGGGGGAGAUGGAGGCCCGCUAUGGAGCUGUGCUGAUGGGGCUGCAGGCGUCUGUCACCAGCCUGGAGAGCCAGCUGACCCAGAUCCGGGCCGACACGGAGCGCAGCAGCCAGGAGUACCGGGCCCUGCUGGACAUCAAGACCAGGCUGGAGAUGGAGAUUGCAGAGUACCACAGACUGCUGGAGGAUGACACCGUGUAUGCGGUCAAAAGCUCUGCGGUCGACAUUGAAACCUCAGAGAUUGGCUCCAGUUCCAGUCAUGUGAACAUCAUGACCAAGGUGGUGACCGUAGUGGAGGAGCUGGUGGAUGGUGAGAUGGUGAGCUGCACCUCCUGAACUUCCAACACAGAGGAGGUGGCGCUGGAGUCUUAGUCAUGUACUCUCCACCUCCACCCACAUGAUGGUGUUUACCCAAGAUCACAAUAAAAAAUGCAUCAAAUC